AUGUCUAUUUCCUCAUUUCACUCCCUUCAAACGCAAAUCGAUAGCGAGUCUAUGCCUAUGUCAAAUGACCACCAGUCGCUCCCUGGCGACCCAGAUUUCUUUCAGCUUACCCAAGAAGACGUAGCUAACUUGGUCUCGGUUUACCAAAUCCAAAGUGAUAAAUUAUCCCCUGAACUGCUCGCCCAGUGGGAUGAAUUGUUUAACUACAGCGAGGAAUUACGUGCCUGUGACGCAAACGCGCUGGCAGGCCAAGCCGAUGCUAACGUUAAUGGAUCAAACUAUGAUGAAGUAGCAACGCCGCAACAACUUGAAGGGACUUCGUCCGAUUUACAAUAUGUUCAAGAUCCUCAGGCGUCGUUUCCGACAUUGGAGAAUUUUACGGCCCCAGUGACUGAUCUUCCCCACCCAAUGUUGUCCCGCAAGCGCCCCCCCCAAGGCGACGCAUGGCCCCAGCAUGAAUAUGGCCAUGGUUAUUUCAUGAACGGGCCUCCCGGUGCGUAUCAUACACAGCCCUCUGCCGCACCACAAGGCCCCGCAUUGCCCCAGUAUGAAUAUCAUCCUGGUGAUGUGUAUUAUUCGCAGCCUUCUGCAGAAGUUCAAGCACCGCUGCAGGGCCACGCAUGGCCCCAACAUGGAUAUCAUCCCGCACCCUCCUACCCUUAUCAGCAACCUCAGACCGUCGCGGGUCCGUACUACCCUUACCAACAACCUCAGACCAUCGCGGGUCCGUCCAACACGUAUUACCCCACCGCGACAUUCCCUCAAGGUCAAGUUGAAGAUGCUCCCUUGCAGACGGUAUCUAGUGCGGGCUCAAGUGUAAAGCCUUCUUCCUCUGCUCUCGACGAGACAGCUUCUGCAAAGCCUCGCAAGCGUAAAUCCCGCGAGACCUUUAUAUUCGUGGACUGUAGUUCAAGUUCGUAUGUUCCACCAACAACCCACAAGCGCAGACGCCAGAACGGCAAGGACCAUGGCAUCAGCCAGGGGAAGUUUGGCCCGUACACGCUAGCAGACGCCAGUGCCACAAUCAUGGUCAUGCCUGUUCAUGACCCAAAGCCGGUCGACAUCAGUAGCCGCAGGACCCAUGAUCCCCACGGCAAUCCCCUUCGGACGAGGAGAUUUGGGGUGAUGGAACUGGAUGAUUCCUACCCCAGCAUGUCCGACAACGUUACGACGGAGCCCUCAUCAGAACUGAUCUGCAGGUGGACAAGAUCCGGAUCGAAGACCACCUAUGGUGUUGGCAUGGUGUGA